AUGGCUCGAUUUUAUCUCUUCAUUCUCCUUGCGAUCACCGUCGUUGCUUCGUGCGAGGCUGGAUGGUUUUCUAGAGAUACGGGCGGUUCCGUGAAGAAUGCUGCCAACAAUCUCAAAGACGAUGCCAAAUGGUGGAAGGCGAACGCGGAGUCGCAGGCGAAAGUCAAGACUGAGGAAGCCAAAUCCAAGGCGCAAGAAGCCAAAUACAACGCAAUGAGCACAACGGAGAAAGCCAAAGCCAAGGCCAACGAGAUCUCCGCUAAAGCUCGCAAAAAGACUUCGAAUGCUUUCGACAGCGCGAAGCAAGCCAUCAGUUAA